GUCGUGUCUGACUUCAUAUUUUCCACGCGUUGUAAUGACCUUUCUCCAAUUUUUUCCCCCGACAGUAUGAUGUGAAUUCAAGAUAAAAUGUUGGCCUGUAUAAUCGGACGCCACGUUCUUGGUACAUUUAGGGGAAGGCAGUGGAGUGGCCUUCUGCAGAUGUCCAACAAGUCUAGUUGUUUAGGGCAUCAGACUAUUCACUGUUCACCACUGUUCACUAGAAGCUUAUAUGGACAGCUGCCCCCAAGCCAUGUUGCAGGUGCUGCUGUAAGAGUCCAGUCUUUCCAUUGGUCUGCACAGAGAUGGAAGAAAAGGCCACCGGAAGAGAGUCCACCAAGAGAACUGGAUUUGCUUCGUUAUGACAUGGGAGACCUGAAGAAAGCUCCAAAGCCAGCCCUCUAUCUUGGAUUAGCUGGUCUCAUACCUUUUGUAUCAGCUCCUGUACUUAUGGCUGUUACAGAGCUGUAUCUACCUGAAGUUGCAUUUGCUCAAGUUGCAUAUGGAGCGUCUAUUGUUUCCUUUCUUGGUGGGGCACGCUGGGGCUUUGCCCUGCCUGCCGGAAGUCCAGCAAAACCUGACUGGCUUAAUUUAGCCAAUAGCGUGGUUCCCUCUUUAAUUGCUUGGGUAGCUCUCGUUUUUAGCCAUGACAUUACACAGUCUGCUGUGCUUGUGAUAAUGGGGCUUGGGAUAGCAUUGCAUUAUGACCUGUCCCUCCUGCCCACAUACCCUAGCUGGUUUAAAGCAAUGAGGACAAUCCUCACAGCUGUAGCUUUUUUCUCCUUGGUGGGUACUCUUGUUAUUAAGCAAUUUUAUCCAGAGAAGAAGUAUUUCACAGACCAGUGAUUUUUAUAAUGUCAAUAAAAGAUUUAAAACUAUCGUCUCUGGCAAUGUACAAUGGAUUCCAAAUUAUUUAAUUUUACGGUCUGGUAACUCUGGUAAAGUUUCUGUAUAAUAUUUUUUAUGCCAUGCUCUCCCCUCUUAGAAAAUCAAUUUACUAAUUGAUGAUGUUUCUUGGCCACACAGAUGUAGUCUUACAGCAGUGAAUUCAAAUCAAGGAACAUGGCCAUUUUCCAAUUUUUUUUGUAUGACUAGACUUUCAUUUACAUGCUUUGUCAAUUAGAUCAAUGACUGUGCCAAGUGAUAUUGAAUGUUUCAAAUUAAAUUAUUUGUAUUGUCUUGAAAAAGGUAAACUUAUUCCACUUGACUGUUUAGUUUUCUCUCUUUCUAAUUAUUUUGGAGCAAAACCACCAAACUUUGGACCUUCAGACUAUGCCUAAAAUGUUGCCUUUUAAUGGUGCAUCACAUUUUAUUACAUUAUUUUUUGGCAAUGCUUCCCAUAUGCCAUCUAAAUAUAGCGUCAUUCUUUUACAAUAUGGCCUAUUGCUUCUUUCAUCUUUGUUUUUGAAGUGCCCCAAUGUCCCCUCAAACCAAUAUAUCUCAGAAUAA